AUGUCCAGCUCCACACCCAACAAUAAACGCAUCUUUGCACCCGGCGGCACAAACGACUCCCAACAAGCCCAACAAUACACAAAAGGCAGUCUGGAAGCCUCACAACUCGACCCAAACCCCUUGACCCAAUUCGAUGUUUGGUUCCAACAUGCCAAUGCCGAAAAAGUGCAUCAACCCGAGACCGUCACAUUGAGCACUGCCGAACUUCCCUCUGGCAGAGUGAGCGCGCGAAUGGUGUAUUUGAAAGAGUUGGACGACAAGGGCUGGGUGGUGUACAGCAAUUGGGGUACGAGCAGGAAGGCAAGCGAUGUUAAGAGCAAUCCUCAUGCUAGCUUGACUUUCUGGUGGCAUGAGUUGGAGAGACAGGUUAGAGUCGAGGGCAAGGUGGAGAGAAUGACCAGUGAAGAGAGUCAGGUAUACUACGACACACGUAUCAGAGGCAGCAGGAUGGGUGCUUGGGCCAGUCAGCAGAGCAGUAUCCUGAGCAGUCGCGAGGAGCUUGAGAAGCAGGUUGAAGAUGUCGAGAAGCGAUUCGAUGGUCAAGACAAGAUCCCCGUUCCUGACUUCUGGGGCGGUAUCAGAGUUGUACCAGAGAUGGUCGAGUUCUGGCAGGGACGACCUAGCCGCUUGCACGAUCGUUUCAGAUACACGAGGGAUGACAACAGUGAGUCUGGAUGGAAGGUCGACAGAUUAAGUCCUUAG